AUGUGGUUUCGUUAUAAACCUACAAAUACAGCGGACCGACUUCCCCUGGGGAAAUACCCAUCUCAAUCGGAGACACCGAUCGUAACACACGACUUGGAUGAUCCCACGCAGUAUCAGGAGCAAGUCAGUCAAUGGGGUAUCGGGUGGAAAACCACACUCAUCCUCUGUGGCAGUUUUUCCUUAGCACUGGCACUAGCUAUUACUCAUGUAGUAGUCUUCCGAUAUCUCGACGGAAAGUUUGAAGAUGAUCCAAACAUCCCGUCACAAACCUAUGUCACGGCAGCCUCAACUAUUGUGGCGAACGUGAUCAGCUUCUGCAUUCGCAUCUGCCUGGCAGCGGCGUUUACUCAAUAUUUCUGGCAUCUUGUCCGGAUUUCUCCCAUGCGGCUUGAAACUUUGGAAUUUCUCUACACUAUGAGAGGAAGCCCAAUGUCAUUCUUUUCCUUAACUGUGCUUCAAAAGGGGUGGCUACUAGCUAUCAUUACAAUGGUCCUCUGGGCCGUUCCUGUCGCUAUGAGUUUUCCAUCAAGCUCAAUGACUGUCAGAAGUAUGACGAGGACGCAUGAGGUAUCCCAGACACAGGUACCAGGUAUGAAUCUUUCAGAGACCUGGGACGGUAACACCACAGCUAUCACGGAUAAGGCAUUAGCCUUGUUUGUGCCGAAUAAUUGGAGAGACCGGAAUGAUACUGAUUACGUUGAGGUACUCCGCGCUGAUCAGUUCAGCCUUGUAAAUAUGGGGAUCGAGAUUAAGCCUGUUAUUUACCAGCUGGCUACAGACACCAUUGUGAAUGGCGGACCAAAGACAAUGAGCUCACCUUGUGGACUGAAUUGCUCUUACGAGCUUUCCUUCGAUGGGCCAUACCUGAGCUGCAACAGUACUGAUGUUGAAAAGGUCAGUCCGCCGUACAACGUCAGUAGUGUCUGGCUCUCUGCGCUGGAAAGCAACUGGACUGAAACACCAGGCGCGAACCCAAGGGUUAUUCCUUUGAAGAGCUUUCAAAUGAAGAAUGCAGAGGUAUAUGACUGGGUUCGGAAUGAUUCCGCGGGCACCGCUCAAUUUGAAUACGUGUCACAUGUACUGACAUGUCGCCCUCGCCGGGCGAAAUACCAUGUCGUCCAGAGAUUUGGUAACGGCGAACAGUCAUCCACCGUCACUAUAAGUGAUGUGCGUAACUUGGUGGAAAUGGAUGAGAAAUUCUAUUUCUCCAAGAAUAAUAUGACCCAAGCUGUUGUUGACACAAUUCGUGAUCGUAAUAUAAUGACACUAAUUAUGGCAAUGACCAAAGGAAUAUCUGGAAAAGUAUGGGCGAUGGUGUAUGGUGUGGAUUCACUCGAACCGAUAUCACAGGAGGCGCUGACUGGAUCAACAGUGGUCAAAGACAAUAUCCUCGUCCAAUCUACCCGUCUCUUUAAUGGAUACAGUGAUACUUGGGAAGGAACUCUCACUACGUGGUACAGCUUAUUUACUGUAAACGAAGAGAUCCUUAACUCGAUGCUGGCGAACAUCACCCUUAGCGCAAUCAACCAUUUCCAGCUCUGGCCGACUUUGACCAACGUGACUCGACAGGAUCUACGUACACAAUAUGUGUGGUCUCGGCCGCUGAACCUUCUUCUGCCGUAUUUCCUCUCCUUAGGGGUUGCUCUGCCGUUGGCAGCCUUGGGCUAUUGGUCGCUGCGCAAAAACGGUGUACCAGCCACAGAUAAUGGCUUCCUACAAGUUGUAAUGUCUACACGGGGAAACCAUAAACUUGAUCAGCUAGCGAUGGGAGGUUGCUUGGGAGGAAACCAUAACGAGUCCGCUGAACUCAAAAACCUCGAGGUUCAGUUUGGAGAGCUGGUUCAACCGGAUAGAUCCAGGUUGGACAUGGAGCCAAACCAUCCCGGAUACCACACAACAGAUGUCAGAUUGGCUGGGUUUGCACCCAAAGAUGAAGUUGCUCCCCUCGUGGUUGGAAAACGAUAUGGGAAGCUGUCUGGAGACCGAGGGUGA